AUGGGCGUUGCGUGGGUAUUCGAGACGGACAAGAGUGCGGUAAGCGUGGAGCGUGCGGUGGAAGGCGAGGGUGCUGUGCGUAGCGGUAUUUUCACAGUUGAUUCGACACCAUACAAGCCAAGCGACAAUGUCCAGGGUGCAAUCAAUCAGGUUUUCAUCCUGCACCACUCACGUUUCCCGCAAAGUACGUUCACGAUUGUACCCAGCGAGAAGCAACGGCAUUGCCCGAGGGCAAUUUCGGAUCGUGGAUUCGAUUGUAUCCUGAGGAAGCUGAAAUCGGGCCUGGUCCAGGAUGUGGCGGGGAAAUUUGUCGUCACCGGGCACGAAUACACCCUCCAGGAUUUCAUCGUUCGCGCUGGCAAUGCCUCGAUGGGUGUGAUCAGCAAAGGGGUGAUCGUUGAGGUCGAAUAUGCACCAUCCUGUGUCGCAUCGCAAUGUAGCAAUUUCUUGCACGAAUUUGUCGCCACAUUCUUCCCGGAUCACACGGCCACCGCCGAGAAGCUCUCGGCCCUGAGAAAAGCACAACCCGAAUCAUACAGUGCCCUGGAUACACUGCACCAGUACUUGGACAUUUUCCAGAAUAUGAGGAAGAGAACAUCAUAA